GUGCGUCGGCGGUUAUUUCCUUGUUCCAGCGACACUAUUUGAAACAUCAGGUUCGAUAUGACCUUUACACGUGACCUCUCCGGGUCGCCAUCUUCACUGCUGUCAUGUCAUAUUUGGGGCGUUGCAUCCGUGUCUUCUGUGUUUCCACGCAAUCGUCGGCAAGUUAAAGCUUUGAAGGAUGAAUAGUAGAAGAAAGAUGGCUUCUAAGAAGCUUGGUGAAAACGACCGCGGGCGCGUCAAGAUCAAGACUGAGAUCAAGACGAAAACAGCAAAAGGGGCAGCAACAAAGGAAGUCCGUAAGAAACGCAUAUACAGAUGUCCCCAGUGUAAGUAUCGGACAGACUGUGGCAGGGCACCUCUCCAACAACACAUGAUGACUCACACUGGUGAGCGACCGUACAAGUGUCAGGAGUGUAGUUAUGCUUCAUCCCAGAAGGGACGUUUAAAACAGCACGUAUCAGCCGUACACAGAGGAGAGAAGCCCUACCAGUGUGACCAGUGUAGCUACUCCGCUUCACAGAAGGGCACCUUAAAACAGCACGUCUCCAGUGUACAUAACAAAGUGAAGCCGUACAAGUGUGACAUGUGUGGGUACUCCGCAGGGUUUAAGUGCAACCUGAGGCAGCACAUGAUCACCCACAGAGGGGAGAGACCCUACCAGUGUGACCAGUGUCCCUUUGCUGCCAACCAGAAGGUUCACUUAACCCAACACAUCCAAGCUAAACACAACGGUGAAAAACCGUACAAAUGUACCGAGUGUGAUUACGCUACAGGGCACCGCAGCACUCUAACCUACCAUCUAACCAAACACACAGGCAAGAAACCGUUUAAGUGUGAGGUCUGUGGCUACUCCACCGCUGUGAAGAGUUGUUUGACGGAGCACGUGCUGAUCCACACUGGAGAGAAACCCUACCAGUGCGGCGCGUGUGAGUACGCCACCGUCAGCCUGACCAAACUCAAGAAGCACAUGGCGACCCACACAGGAGACAGACCCUACAAGUGUGGACACUGCAGCUACACGGCCAUACAGAAGGGCAACAUGAAGCGCCACAUCCUGGUACAGCACACCAGCGUCAGGCCAUUUGUGUGUGUACAGUGUGGCUAUUCCACUGCACGUAAGGGAGACCUGAAGAAGCACGUUGCUACACACAAGGUUGUGGUGAAGGAGGAGCCUUGAUACCAAAUCCAGUUUAUACCUUAAAGCCCUGGCUAUUUAGUUUUACGUUGACAAUGGAAGGUUUUCUGCGACAAUCGUGCCAUAUGGUAUGAGAAGAGAGUUUAAAGUUAAACUAAGUUAUUGCAUCCAUUCCUUCUCAAACCUACCACAUACAAUAUCGUUGCAGAAGUCAUCAUUUUGCAUGCAUCGUAAGAUGUAUAUGUGACCAGGACAUGCAUUUAGAUAUACAUGUAUGAGAGCUAACUUAUUAUUAAAGGAUAUCAAUUUGUACUAUGACGACCAAAAGGAAUUCAAGUGUUAAUAGACUAAGUACUCAACUGAGAACGGAACGUCAAAGCUAAGUUCGAUGGUGAGGACAAAAUAUUUGUUCCUCACCAUAAUCUUUUGCCAAUCAAAAAUCAAUAAAUACCGGUAGAUCUAGAUAUCAAAACCAAAUGAAAAUAAAUGACAAUGUAGCACAGAAGAGGAAUGGUUGAAGAUGGUUAGGCUAGUUGGUGUUACAGUUGGAUUUCAUAGUUAGACAUUUACGUUAUGGUAAGGCAGGAUUUCUUGCCAUUUUCUGUUUCUUGCAUUUCCUGUUUCUUGCAAAAUAUAUAAAACCACUAAGUCUUCCCUGUGCAAUAUGUUUUGAGUUGGAUUAAAGCCAUGGACCAUGUAUAUAAGAGUGUCUUUUUCUUCAUACAUGUAUUG